CUUUACCUAAACCUCUCUUGCUUGAUUAGUCGCGCAUACUCUUCAGUGUUCAACUUCUCAUCAAUGUGGACACAAGUAUUCCAGGAAUAAUGCUGCUCCGUCAGAGUUUUCUCGUCAUUCUUGCUCUCUUUGGGAUGGUAUUGUGUGGGCUCAUUUACCUUAACGCCUACCAGAAUAGUUGCAAACAAAGGCAGAUAAUAGAAAAAAUCUUCACUGAGUCAAAGUGGAAGCUUAAGAACUUCGGAUUGCGCUCAUCGCUGGGGCUUUUGUACAACCAGCCCAGUGCGCUGGUAAGUCGGACAGAUGUUGCUUCUGUAACGUCCUGGUUAGCUCCAAUCAUUUGGGAGGGAACCUUUGACGCCAAGCUGAUAGACUCCAUCUACCAACAAGAAAAUCUUACCAUAGCGACCACAGUCUUCGCUUUGGGAAAAUACACACGUUUUCUCAAAGAUUUUCUGGAGUCAGCAGAGCAGCAUUACUUUGUUGGAUUUCGAGUGAAUUACUAUCUGUUCACGGAUAUACCAGAAGAAGUUCCUGAAAUUAAGAUGAGUGAAAAUCAUAGUUUGACGGUCCGAAAGGUUCCAAGUAUGAACCGAUGGCAGGAUAUCAGUAUGGGCAGGAUGGAAAUACUGGAGAAACUAAUAGAGAAUGAACUGGCCAGUGAGGCAGACUAUAUCUUCUGCCUUGAUGUCGAUACAAAGUUCUACGGCCGCUGGGGAGUGGAGUCUUUGGGUCGUCUGGUAGGUGUGAUACAUCCCUGGUUCUUUGAUGCUCCAAGGGAUCAGUUCACAUAUGAGCGAAGACCAGAGUCUCAGGCAUACAUUCCAGCUGGAGAAGGUGAUUAUUAUUAUACUGGCGCUGCCUUUGGCGGCUCACUGAAGAAUGUACAUCAUCUCACCAAAACCUGUCGGAAGCAGAUGAACAUUGACAUCACAAACUCCAUUGAGGCGAUAUGGCACGAAGAGUCCCACUUGAACAAGUAUUUCCUUCAUAACAAACCCAGUAAACUGCUUUCACCUGAAUAUCUGUGGCGGGACAUCAAUGCUGAGGCGGCCCAAAUAAAAAUAGUUCGAUUCUCUCAUGUAGCUAAAAACAAUGCAGAAGUUCGUCCUAACAAGUAAUAGUCGUUGCUGGUGUGUUCUCGCAAAUCUCUCAAACUGUGAAACUGUAAACUGGUAAUAUCGAAAAAGGGGAAGUCAACAGCUGCCACCAAAAAUGGACUAUCGGAGACAUUUACAGAUAUUUAUGAGCAAAAAGUGGCAUCAGGAAGUAAAUCUGCAUGACUAAAUAAAUGCUGUUAUGUUUUUAUGCAACCAAGCACAAUGUAAAUGUGAACUGAAUGCACUUGAGAGUCAAAGGAGGAAGUUUAGGGAGGAAUUCAGUUAGAUAUGGGUUCUGAAGUUAAAUGUGAUUUUACUUUUUAGUGUAAUCUCAUUAAUAUUAUUACACUCAAGGUUGCACUUGCCUUUUUGUAUGUUUGGGUAUACACUGAAACAAUGUAUGACAUGUGACAUAUUGGCACCAUAAGAAAUAUGUAUUUAUGCAAAGCUUUUUUAACAUCAGGAUCUUUUCAUGUUUUAUACAUUUAUAUGAAACGUUUUAAUUUCUUAGUACUUAUAAAUAUAUGUAUUUAUGUAUAAAUGUAUUUAUGAAUAUACAUAUUAACAUUAUAAACACAUAAUUAGCAAUUAUAUAGAUAACAAUAACAUACUAAACAUAACAGCUUUCAACAACAAUAUUAAAAAGUACCAUGAAUGAAGCAUGCUGAAUUUUAAUGAAUCAAAGUCAAAAUAUAUAUAUAUUGACUUUGAUUCAUAUUCAGUCAUAUUUGAUUCAUAUGUAUAUGUCUACAGCUAUGGUAACAAUUCAUUCAAAUAUAAAAAGUCCAUGCAAAUAUACAAUGUAUGUGUACUUAAACCGCAUUUUGUGUAAUACUAAUGGGGUCAAAUUGCAAGUUGAUGGGUUUUUAGAUAUUACUGUUAAAUCCAGAAUGUAUGAAUACAGUAUGUAUACUGUUUUUGUUGUUGUUUGUUUAGUUUAGCUUGUUUUGUUUUUCAUUUGCAAUUGUUUUUAUUUCUACCACUCUGUAAAAAACUAACAACAACAACAACAACAACAAAAACAUUUGGGAAAACCAGCAUAAACAUUGUUUGUAUGCUAUUAAAUACUAGGAAAAAUAAGUACAAUUUAAUUGAUGCAAACAAUUUUUUUUUCACUUUGUGUAUUUCUCUUAUUUAUUUCUCUUGUUGUCUGUGGAGAAAUUUUUUGCUAGGAAACGUUUUUUGAGAGCAAAAAAACCCAAAAACAAAUCGUAGGACAUAUCAAAUGUAUCAACUAACAACGUCACACAAAAACAUUUUUCAAAGGGCCUAUA